UAGGUGUUUGAAGAAUUGCUUCUUAGUGGUUUAAUCUUGCAAAGGAAAGGUUUGAUUACACUCCUCAUCAAGUAUUAGGAAGAAGUUUGGCUCAUUGUUGACAGUGCAAUGGAUACAAAUAAUGUCAUAUCUGAUGCGAAUAUCGCCCUGAUCCUAGAGGACAUCUUGCAUAUCUACAAGUUCGAGACAAUUUGUAUUCUUUAUCUAAUAUCUAUGAGGUCUCGUACAAGGCUAAGUAGGAGACGGGCAGGCACUAGGAAAUCUUUCACCAUAACUGAUAGGGUCCCAAACCAGGUGAAUCAUAUGAAUAGGUUGGUGAGAGUGACAGAUGUAGAUUGUGUUGACAAUCUUCGAAUGGAUCGUAACACAUUCGGGAGGUUAUGUCUGCUAAUUAGACAAGUGGAAGGGCUGAAAGACGGCAGAUUUGUAUUUGUGGAGGAGCAAGUAGCAAUGUUCUUGGGCAUCUUAGCACACCAUAAGAAAAAUAGAAUUGUGAAAUUUGAGUUUUGGAGAUCAGGCCAAACAAUAUCUCGUUACUUUCAUCGUGUACUAAAUGCGAUUCUGAAGCUGAAUACACUUUUUUUGGUCAAACCUGACCCGGUAACUGCUGACUGCCUUGACCACCGAUGGAAAUGGUUUAAGGGUUGCCUAGGAGCCUUGGAUGGUACAUACAUCGACGUACUUGUACCUAAUGCGGACAAGCCGAGGUACCGAACUCGAAAGGGACGUAUAUCAACAAACACAUUGGCUGUGUGUGAUCGAUAUAUGAGAUUUGUGUACGUUUUACCCGGUUGGGAAGGCUCGGCUGCGGAUUCUAGAGUACUUCGUGAUGCUGUCAAUCGAGUUCAUGGAUUGCGAGUGCCAAAAGGGAAUUAUUAUCUUUGCGAUAAUGGAUAUGCGAACAGUGAAGGGUUCUUGACCCCGUACAAGGCAGUUAGAUACCAUCUCAAGGAGUGGGGACCAACAACAGAUUUGCCACAAAAUCCAAAGGAAAUGUUUAACAUGAGACACACAAGAGCACGUAACAUGGCAUCUGAUCCGAUAGAGCAAGCACUUGAUGGUGGUCAUGAGGGAGACAAUGUUGAACAUGAAGAUGAGGUUGACAAUGUUGAACAUGCAGAUGAAGGGGGAGAAUUUGUUGAUGUGAUAGAACCUUCAACAGAGUGGAACCAAAAACGAGAUGAAAUGGCACUAGCCAUGUGGAACUAUGGACAUGUGGCUGGGGAUUGAGGACGAGAGGUUAGUUUCGGUUUGUCGUUGCGGAGGUGGUAAAAUGAAACUUAAAUGUCCAGAUAGUUUUGAUCUUCAUGGCUAUUUUGCUCGUUUUGUUUGGCUUUGUAAUAGGGCGACUAGUAUGAAGCAAGAUGGAAAUGGUAUUUAGUAGCCUAUGUGCAGACUUUGUAUUAUGAUUUUGGGCAUUUUAAUGUCAUAAUACUUCUCCUAUUGUUGUAUAAAGUUUAUCACGUUUCAUUUGGG